AUGAAGCCCCUACCCCCGGCGGGGAGCCCUCACCGGCGCGAUACGCCGCCGUCGCUGCUCAGCCCAUUCUCCCGCAGCGCGUUCCCCGCCGCCGCCGACGGCGACCAUGACGCCGCCGUCUCCGAGCAGCCCUCGGUCAUGCUGCUCGAGUGGUGGCUGGCAACCGUGGAAGGGGACGAGCAGAAGAUAGCUGUCGCCGGUACAUUCAGAUGGAAGCAAAUACUUCACGAACUCUAUCCUGCACCUAUUGCGAAACGUCAUUCGGUUAAUAUUCUUGAGUCCGAAGAUGGAACCGUACUUCUCAUCAGUGGUUCGCUCAAUGUUUCGCGAUCGCUUGACAAUGGAUAUUCAAAUGCGGUCUGUAAACAUUUCUUUGUUGGAUUUCCACACUGGUGGCAAAGUUGCAACCUGCGUUAUCCCAAGCGGACGAACUCGGACACAGGAUGUCAACCAUCUUCUUCUAACACCAGCAAACAUCCUGACGGUUUAAAAAGUUCCUCACGCAAUGAAUCUGUGUUCCGAAAAUCUUCACAUUUAUCGAAUGGAACACCCAGAUUUGAAGAACAUACUUGUGAUGGUGAUAUUGCAACAAAUGAAAAUGCUGCUGCCUCAAGUGAAGCUGGCAAAGAUCGCAAAAAAACUCCAGUGGCUUGUUUGAAGAAUCAAGGUUCCUGGGGGGAAAAUCAGCACGUACCUUCUAAUAAGAAGAUGAAGUUGACUGAUCUGUGCCUUGGAAAGCAGCCUGUAGGCCAGCCAAAGAAACAAAUAUCUCCACAUAAAAAGUGUCAAAGUGCUACAAAAUCUCCAGGGACCAGGAGCCCAGAUUCAUAUGGAGCGAAUCAAGAACUGAUGGAAGGAAGAAGAGAAGGCCUGAAUGAGCAUCUUCUAGACGCCAUGGGACUCCAGGCGAAGAAAACCAUAACCAACCUAAGUGGCAGGGAGUUCGUAUGA